AUGAAGGAAUUCAUCCUGCUGGGGUUCUCGGAGGUCCGGGAGCUGCAGCUGGCCAACACCGUGCUGUUCCUCCCGGUCUACACUGCCGUCUUGACUGGGAAUCUCCUCAUCGUUGCUGUCACGACCCUCAACCAGAGACUCCACAUGUUUUUCUUGAUAUCUUUGACAUCUACUGAAAUAGCCUUGCUCAUGGUAAUGUCCUUCGACCAGUACUUGGCCAUAUGCCUCCCCUUGAGCUAUGAGGUCGUCACGAGACGAGGAGCCUGUGGGAAGAUGACAGCUUCUUCCCGGUUCAGUGGGAGUCUUUCUGGACUUAUGCAAACAGCUGUGACCUUCUCUCUACCCUUCUGUAGGUCCAAUGAGAUCCACCAGUUCUUCUGUGAUAUCCCCCAGCUCCUGAAGUUCUCUUGCUCUGACUGGAUAAUUGCGGAAAUGGGCAUUUCAGCCCUCAUUUUAUGUCUUGCCUUCUGUUUUGUCUCAAUGAUCAUGUCUUACGUUUGCAUCUUCUCAGCUGCGCUGAGGAUGAGGUCCUCAGAAGACCAGACAAAAGGCUUCUCCACCUGUGUGCCCCACCUUGUCAGCGUGGCUUUCUUCUUCUCCACCAGUUCCUUUGCUUAUCUGAAACCACCCUCUGAUGGUUUGCUUAUCUGA